GCAACACUAGUUCGUGCGUUCCCUACUCACUUCAAAGAAGAACAUGGCUGCGGAGAACAACAACAACGUCGUUCAGGUUUCAGAGUUACCCGUCAAGAGACCCAGAGAAGAAGAACAAGACGGCGGAGAGAAUGGCGUUCCCGACACCCUUUCAACGCUCCCCAAUCACUCUCAACACUCUGGUAUCUCUGCGGUUAUUCCUGGUUGGUUCUCUGAAAUCAGCCCAAUGUGGCCUGGGGAGGCGCAUUCUUUGAAGGUGGAAAAGGUUCUGUUUGAAGGGAAGUCUGACUAUCAGAAUGUCAUGGUCUUCCAGUCGUCCACAUAUGGCAAGGUUCUUGUUCUUGAUGGUGUCAUUCAGCUUACAGAGAGGGAUGAGUGUGCCUACCAAGAGAUGAUAACACAUCUUCCUCUUUGCUCUAUUCCAAACCCCAAAAAGAUUUUGGUUAUUGGUGGAGGAGAUGGUGGAGUCCUGCGUGAAAUAGCACGCUAUUCCUCAGUAGAGAAGAUAGACAUUUGCGAAAUAGACAAGAUGGUUGUUGAGGUCUCCAAACAAUUUUUUCCAGAUGUAGCUGUAGGUUUCGAGGAUCCACGUGUGACACUUAAUAUUGGUGAUGGAGUUGCAUAUUUGAAGGCUGUUGAAGAAGGAACUUAUGAUGCAGUUAUAGUGGAUUCAUCCGACCCUAUUGGUCCUGCUCAAGAACUGUUUGAAAAGCCGUUUUUCGCAUCGGUUGCAAGGGCUCUUCGUCCAGGAGGAGUUGUGUGUACUCAAGCAGAAAGUAUAUGGCUUCAUAUGGAUAUCAUUGAGGGCAUUGUGGCCAAUUGUCGUCAGAUAUUCAAAGGUUCUGUCAACUAUGCAUGGACCACUGUUCCUACAUACCCGAGUGGGAUGAUUGGUUUUAUGCUUUGUUCAACUGAGGGUCCUACUGUGGACUUCAAGAAUCCAGUGUAUUCUAUAGAUGAGGAUGAUAGUCAAACUAGACCAUUGAAAUUUUACAACUCUGAGCUUCAUUCUGCGGCUUUCUGUUUGCCAUCUUUUGCCAAGAGGGCUAUUUGUUCUAAAACAAAGUGAGAACAUUUUUCAUGAGACUGAAGAAGCAAGUGUGGCUGCAGUGUUGCUUUUACUGGAUUGGUCCAUCUGUCAAUGAACUGUGGAAUAAGUUAAGAGCUUCAAGAUGAUGAUGAUGAUGACAUUUUGAAGAGCAACUUUUGUUUCAUGAAAUGACUUGGUAGAUGACGGAUUCAGUUCCUAGUAAUUUACGUUGUUGACAGUUUAGAACUUCAGUUGAAGAUUACUUUUUGUUUAAUGCGUAUGUUUUUAUCCCUUUGAAGUUAGUACCUUUUAGUAGUUAGUAUUUAGUUUGGUAACUACUCAUGACAAAUUUUGUUUUAUACAAUGAGAAUUUAUAAUAAAAGUAGCUUUCAAUAUA